GUUUUGGGGCACUUUGAAAAGCCUCUUUUCCUGGAACUCUGUAAGCACAUGGUGUUUGUCCAGGUCCAUGAAGGCGAAUAUAUCUUCCGGCCAGGACAGCUGGAUAACAGUAUAUAUGUAGUUCAAGAUGGGGUGCUGGAAGUCUGCUUUCAAGAAAGUGAUGGAAAUGAGAUGGUGGUAAAGGAGGUUUUAGCUGGGGACAGUGUGCACAGCCUGCUCAGUAUUCUGGAUGUCAUCACUGGACACACGGCUCCCUACAAGACGGUUUCAGCAAGAGCCGCCACAGCUUCCACAAUCUUGAGGCUUCCAGCUAACGCAUUUCAAGAUGUGUUUGCCAAGUACCCUGAGACCCUUGUCAGGGUAGUACAGAUUAUAAUGGUUAGGCUGCAGAGAGUGACAUUCUUGGCACUGCACAACUACCUGGGUCUGACCACAGAACUGUUUAACUCCGAAAGCCAGGCUAUCCCGUUGUUGUCAGUAGCAAGUCUGACCUCUGGGACAGGGAGCAGCAAAUCAGUUAGACGGCAGCAGUCUACUAUGUCUAUAGAAGAAGAACAAACUGAUAAGGCGGAGAAACCUGCAGAAUUGCAGCCAGAUCAAGAUUCAGGCAUCCUGGACCCCAGUAAAUUCUCAGCCACUGAGGGCUCUGGCACGGGUCAUCGGAGAAGUCGCUCAUCUUCCAGUCUAGUUGAAAUCCCAGGGAGCCCCAUAGCAGCUAAAUCUGAUUUGGACAUGGCAUACGAGAGAGCCAGAGUGAGCAUUACCCCCGAUGACUUUCCUCCAAGCCCAAUAAAUAAGCCUAUCUUGAAGAAAUCUGUGACCGUGACGGAGACCCCUUCUGCCGUUUAUCAUUACAAGGAGGAAGAUCUAAUGAUCCCAGAGUUUAGUGUCAAUAGACAUCUGAAUUCUGUAUUUGAGGCUGCAAAAAAAGACCUGUCAACCCUGAUGAAGCUUAAGGACCCAUCACUGCUGAAUGGAAGAGUGACCUUACAUCAAGUCAAGGGUGGCACUGUCUUGUCCAGACAGGGAGACCAGGAUGUCAACAUCCGUUUUGUCAUCUCCGGCCUCCUCCAUGUCUACCAAAGGAAGAUUGACCGAGAGGAAGAGACUUGCCUUUUCACAACACACCCGGGGGAGCUGGUGGGACAGCUGGCCGUCUUAACCGGAGAGCCCCUGAUAUUCACCAUUAAAGCUAAUCGUGACUGCGCUUUUCUGUCUAUAUCCAAGUGCCACUUCUAUGAGAUAAUGCGGGAACAGCCCAGCGUGGUCCUAGGAGUGGCUCACACAGUGGUGAAGCGGAUGUCUCCAUUUGUCAGGCAGAUUGAUUUUGCAUUGGACUGGAUGGAGGUGGAGGCGGGACGUGCUGUCUAUAGGCAAGGGGAUAAAUCAGACUGCACCUACAUUGUGCUUAAUGGACGCCUCCGCUCUGUCAUCAGGAAGGAUGAUGGGAAGAAGCAGUUGACGGGUGAAUAUGGCAGAGGAGACCUGAUUGGAGUGGUGGAAGCCUUAACACACCAACCCAGAGCCACAACCGUUCACGCCGUACGAGACUCGGAACUUGCCAAACUCCCAGAGGGAGCAUUGACAUCCAUCAAACGCAAGUAUCCACAGGUGGUGACCCGGCUUAUUCAUCUGCUCGGAGAGAAGAUUCUUGGCAGCUUGCAGCAGGUCAACGGGCCCCUUGCAGGUCAUGGACUGGGGCUUCAUACCACUGGCAACAAGUGGGAUUCUGGGAAUCCAUCCAGCAAUCUCUCCACAGUAGCCAUACUGCCAGUAUCGGAAGAUGUGCCGCUCACAGCCUUCACACUGGAACUGAAACAUGCCCUGAGUGCAGUAGGGCCCACUCUGUUACUUACCAGUGACAAUAUCAAGCAGCGCCUUGGAUCAGCUGCUCUGGAUAGUGUACAUGAGUACAGACUGUCCAGCUGGCUGGGCCAACAAGAGGACAUUCACCGGAUUGUCCUGUAUCAGUCCGACUACUGCCUUACACCAUGGACCCAGCGUUGCAUACGCCAGGCGGACUGCAUCCUCAUUGUUGGGCUGGGAGAGCAGGAACCCACUGUUGGAGAGCUGGAGAAGAUGCUUGAAAACACUGCUGUGCGGGCCCAGAAACAACUGAUCAUCCUCCAUAAGGAAGAUGGCCCGCCACCCUCUCGUACUGUUGAAUGGCUCAAUAUGAGGAGCUGGUGUUCAGGCCAUCUCCACCUGAGUUGUCCUCACCGUGUCUUCUCCAAGAGGAAUCUACCAAAGCUGAUCGAAAUGUACGAAAGAGUAUCUCAGAAGCCCUCAGACCGCCAUUGUGAUUUCUCACGUCUAGCCAGAGUGCUUACGGGAAACGCCAUAGCGUUGGUGCUGGGAGGAGGCGGAGCCAGGGGCUGUUCCCAAGUAGGAGUCAUCAAGGCGCUGAUUGAGAGUGGCAUUCCUAUUGACAUGGUUGGAGGGACAUCUAUUGGAGCCUUUAUGGGAGCUCUGUAUGCAGAGGAGCGCGGCUUCAACCGUACGAAGAUUAGGGCCCGGGAAUGGUGUAUGGACAUGACAUCCGUCUUCAAAAAGGUUCUGGACCUGACAUAUCCCAUAACCUCUAUGUUCUCCGGGGCGGCCUUUAAUAGCAGCAUCAGCAGCAUCUUCAAGGACAAGCAGAUAGAGGAUCUUUGGAUUCCUUAUUUUAACAUCACGACGGACAUCACAGCUUCAGCCAUGAGAGUGCACACAGAUGGGUGUCUUUGGCGAUACGUCCGUGCUAGCAUGUCUCUAUCGGGCUACAUGCCUCCACUUUGUGACCCCAAGGACGGACACCUACUGAUGGAUGGGGGAUACAUCAACAAUCUCCCAGCUGAUGUAGCCUGCUCCAUGGGUGCCAAGGUGGUUCUAGCCAUUGAUGUGGGCAGCAGGGAUGAGACGAACCUGACUAACUAUGGUGACGCCCUGUCCGGCUGGUGGCUGUUGUGGAAGAGGUGGAAUCCGCUGGCAGACAAAGUCAAGGUACUGAACAUGGCAGAGAUCCAGACCCGGCUGGCAUAUGUUUGUUGUGUGCGGCAGCUGGAGAUGGUGAAGAAUAGUGAGUACUGCGAGUACAUCCGACCACCAAUUGACAGAUAUGGCACACUGGAAUUCGGCAAGUUUGAUGAGAUUUGUGAUGUGGGGUAUCAGCAUGGGAAAACAGUCUUUAACGUAUGGAGCCGCAGUGGCGUCAUCGACAAAAUGCUGAGGGACCGCCAGGAAACGUGCAAGUCUAAAACUUCAGAUCUGAACACCUGUCCUAACGCCUCCUUCACCGAUCUAGCAGAGAUAGUGUCUAGGAUUGAACCUGUGAAGACUGCUGUUGUAGAUGAUGAGUCGGAUUAUCAGACCGAAUAUGAAGAGGAAGACAUUUCAGACUUCAAAAGAGAGGAUUAUGCCAAUAUCCUGAGCAGUCAAGAUGUUUCUGACAGUGACGAAGAUGCAGAGAUGCAAGUGCGUCAGCGCACGGUGGCGAGACGACAAGCAUCUGACAAGAUCCCGGAGAACAGCUGAGUGGUGAAAAGCUGGACAGACUUGCGGUAGCCUCUUCCUUUCAUGUUCAGUCACACUGUGUGGUUAAAGGCGGUACACUUGAACCGUUAAUCUCUCCGUAGUAUGCUGCACCUGGCCGGGAGGACGAUAGCUGCAAUAGCACAGUGCUGAUCAUACCAUAACAUGGUCGGAGAGAACCAAAAAAAUAUCUUUUAAGCCUUAAGUUCAUACAUUUCAUGCUUACUAGAUGACAUUGGUUUGGGCCUUACGCUCAUAUAUUUCAUGUUUAGUAGAUGAAUAUAGUUUGAGAAAAAUGAAUCUAUAUAUAAAAAUUUAACAAGGUUAUUCGGUAA